AUGGGCCAGGCCUGCAGCGACACGUGCGGCGGCGAGCGCGGCGACGCCGAGGCCUUCCGCGGCCUCGACGCGCCGCAACGGGCCCUGUGCCUCAAGCUCAGCGAGGACUGCGGCCAGGCCCAUCUCUUCGCCGGCUGGCGCGGCAAGCCCAUCGACGAGCGCAAGCGCCUCGCCGCGGCCCUCGUCGCGCUCGACACCAGCGUCGACAUCGGCGCCUACGUCGCGCGCGCGCGUGGGCUCCUCGCGGACGCCGCGGCGAGCAAGAACGCGCUCGAGGGCUCCGCCGCGUCCGUGCCGACCGACGGCGAGUUCCUCGCCGUCGGCUCGGCGCGCGCCGCGGCCAUGGAAGCCCUGGGCCUGGAGAAGCUGCGGAGCGGCAAGGUCGGCUUCGUCCUCGUCGCCGGCGGCCUCGGCGAGCGUUUAGGGUACGGCGGCGUCAAGCUCGCGCUUCCCGUCGAGACGACGACGAACCGCUGCUACCUCGCGCACUACGCGGCGUUUUUAGACGCCUGGGGCGGCGCGGAGCUCGCCAUCAUGACCUCCGACGACACGCACGCGCGGACCGCGAAGCUCGUCGCGAAGCACGGCCUCUCGCGCGUCGCGCUCCUCAAGCAGGCCAAGGUGCCCGCGCUCGCGGACGCGUCCGCCAAGAUCGCCGUCGGCGACGACCUGCUCCCGCUAACGAAGCCCCACGGCCACGGCGACGUCCACGGCUUGAUGCACGCGUCGGGCACGGCGCGGCGGUGGGCGGACUCGGGCGUCGAGCAGAUCCUCUUCUUCCAGGACACGAACGCGCUCGCGCUCUACGCGUGCGCGGGCUGCGUCGGCGUGUCCUGCGACCGGCGGUUGGAGAUGAACACCAUGUCCAUCCCGCGGCGCGCGAAGCAGGAGAUGGGCGCCAUCGCGGCGCUCGACAAGGGCGGGACGCGAGUCGUCUGCAACGUCGAGUACAACCAACUCGCGCCGCUGCUCGUCGCCCAGGGCGGCGCCGGCGACGAGCCCGACCCUCGCACGGGCCUGAGCCCCUUCCCGGGCAACACGAACUGCUUCGUGUUGGACGCGAAGAAGUACGCGGCCAAGCUCGCGGCGACGGGCGGCGUCGUCCCGGAGUUCGCGAACCCGAAGUUCGUCGACGAGAGCCGGACGGCCUUCAAGAAGCCCGCGCGCCUCGAGUCCAUGAUGCAGGACUACCCCAAGCUCUGCGACGGCGCCGUCGGCUUCACGUCCAUCACGCCCUGGUACUGCUACUCGCCCGUGAAGAACGCCGCCGCCACCGCGAAGAAGAACGCCGACAAGGGCGUGCCACCCGCGUGCGCGGCGUCCGGCGAGGCCGACUUCUACCGCUGCGGCGCGGAGCUGCUCAAGGCGCUGGGCUGCGCCGUCGAUCUGAAGGCGAAGCCCACGGCGACGGCCGCGGGCGUGCCCGUGUCGCUCGGGCCCCGCGUGAUCCUAGAUCCGUCGUUCGCGACGUGCUACGCGGACCUCGCCGCGAAACUGCCCCACCCGUCCAAGAUCAGGAUCUCGGCGCGGUCGACGUUGCUGCUCUCUGGCGCGGGGCUCGUCGUCGAGCACCUCGUCCUCGACGGCGCGCUCCAGCUCAAGGCCGUCGACGACGGCGAGCUCGUCGUGAAGCGGCUCCGCGUGAAGAACAAGGGCUACGAGCUGGCGCCCCUCGGCGACGACGCGCCCGAGGAGCUGCGCAUCCGCGGCUUCGCCUGGGCGAAGCGAGAGCAGCGCAACAUUACGUCGCACGCGGGCGACAAGCUCGUCGUCGAGGAGAGCCGGCUCAAGGCCGUCGCCGCGGCGGUCAUGCUCACGCCGUAA